AUGGAGAUGCUGGAUGGGAGCGGAAGGCUGAUCCGUGAAUGGGAAACCAGUGGCAUGGAGGAAGACGGCUUCUUCCGAGGAGUGGACGCACGAUCACAUCGACACCACACGAAUACAUCGCCAAACGAGGCACGACUACAACGGAUGGUGCAGUUUUUAGCCGUGGCUAUCCUGCUACUGACUUCUGUAGUCCUGGCUUUGCUGGUCACGGUUCUGCUCGGAGGACGAACACAUGAGUUCCCGAGCAGCCAGCCCACAGCGCAUCCUGUCAGCAAACCACCAGGCAUCAACUUCAAACAGCCACAACAGCAGUCCAACAAUCCACGUGCCAUGCUAACAGCUCCAACAGGCAGCCACACUGAUGGGAAAUAUCUUCAGUGGGAGAGUAAUGAUGGACAUGCUUUCUGUCAUGGAGGUUUCAAUUACUCCAGUGGGGACCUAGUGGUGCCCAGAAGCGGACUGUACAGAGUCUUCCUGCAGAUCACCUAUGAGAGUAAGGACAAACACAACUGUGAUGAGCUUAAACUCAUCAACAAGGUGUUUGUUUUCCGGGAUUCUUAUCCUCACGACGUGCCUCUCCUGUCAUCAGUCGACACAGUGAGUUACACGAAGCCAUGGAGUAAAUCCCUCUAUACAGACGGUUUGUUUUUCCUGGAGGCUAACUGCAGACUGCAUGUGACAUCAUCCUGCCCUGAUCUGAUCAUUAAGAGAGAAUACCAGGUGUUCUUUGGCGCUGAACUAAUGCCCCAGUGAUCUGGUCUGACAGUCGGCUAAAUCUAAUUUUGAGGUUGCACCUUGAACUCCACACAAACAAAGCGACACCACCAUUGUAGUUUUAUUUUUUUCAUUUUAAUCUUACUCCUCCUGUCAUAUCUAAACCCAGUAAUGAAUUUGCGACAGAAGGAAGCAACUAGUAUCUGACUGCAGGUUGGCUUUAUCUCAUUGAAGUUAUAAGCUGCCUUGUUUGUAAUUGAUUAAUAACAGUUCACAGAGACAUACUGCUGCCUUAAGAAUGAUUUAACUAUGACACACUAUUCUAAAGAGCAUGUUUAUUUUUCUCACACUCCUAGGGUCAACAAAAGCGUAAGGAUUCGUUGUUUUAGCACACACAGAUUUUCAGAGCAAAUUCUGCACAACACCCGAUAGUUUUUGGACAUUGAUUGAAAGUUGGUUGCGUUAUAAACGUCUUCUUUUCGGACAGCUAACUUGCUUUAAAAUGUUGGACAGAGUGACAUAUUCAUCAAACAUUGGCACCAUUGUUAGGCUGCUAUCCUAAGGUUUUCUCCCACCUAAAACACUACUGUGCUGUUGCAAGCAUGACUGCAUUAUUGUGCAAAGGACCGAGAAGAAAUCAUCCACAUUCAGUUGCUUUUACCAAAAAGGUUGUUAGACUAACACUAGGUACUCUAUACUGAAUACAUUUCCCCUAUCCAUAUUUGGCCAGCCCACAGGUCAGUUUAUCUGUCAAACCCUGUGGAGGACUGAAUGGCUUGAUUUGAAUGAUAUUGAAAUAGCAAAUAGAUUGGCUCAAGGAACAUGUUUUGAAAGAUGUUCUAUCUACUUUAUAUCCUACCAGUUGAAUGUGGUUUGUGUUGGUUUAGUACAGAGCAUUACAUUAGCUUGAGUUGCAGAUAUAGUGAGUAACCCCUGUGGAGGAUAUUACAAUACAAGGCUGAAUCACUCUGUUGUUGUUUAUAUUUACAAUGUGUUGCCAUAGCCAGCUCAGUGGAUAGAGGAAGAAAGAUAGUAGUAAACGGAGCAGAAUUACCGGCAAACUGUCACACAUAAACUCAGACUACGCCCAGUCGCCCACACACUCCGACUGGCAUGUUAACAUUUUCUGGUAUGCCUAAAUGUGUUAUGGUUUAUGUAACAAAGAUGAGAAAUGCAGAACUGCUUUGAUUACUGCCAAGAACAACACAGAAAUACUAAAUUUAGUUUCUCUAAAGCCUGAUUUGUCUUUUCCAAGUAAUGUCGGAAAAUGUUGUAAUUAAUGCUGUGUACAACUUGAUGUGUGAUAUAUUUAAAGGAGUAGUAGUAUGUACCAGUACUAUGUAAUAUGUACUAGCAGUACGUCUGUGAGUAUUAGGAUGAUUUUUUUUAGUUCAUUGACAUUAUACUGCAACUGUUGUGAAACUGACUGAAAAUAGAAUGUGCUGGAAAUGUAAAAUAGCAGAAAGUGCAUGUACCUACACCACAGUAUGACCAGCUCUGUCUAAAAUGUGAUGGCUGAGAUUCAGAUGCAGAACUGGCUGCACACCUGACACCAGGUGAAUCUGUGCUGUGGAUCCGGUCAUGGAUUACAUGGGUCGUCUCUCUGGAUGAAUUUGAGUCUUCUGACCAUUCAGCUCAAAGUAAACCGAUUGUAAUAAGUGGAAAAGGGUUUCUCUGUGUUAUUUUUCUAUAUAAGGUGCUGUUGUACAAGUAUGCUUAUAUUUGCCUAUUUAACAAGGUAAAAGAUGUGGUUUUUUUUUUUUUUUGUUUUAAAUUUAAGUAUUUAAUUCUUUGCCUGCUGAGCUCUCAGUACUUUGCCUUGCAAAUUGACUUUUUUUCUUAUUUUGAAUAAAACAAUCAUAUAAUUUCAGAGUUUUCAUAUUUGUGUGUACUUCUGAAAAGAUAGUUUAUUAAAAGAUAUACAUAAUGGCAAAAAAAUGGCAGUUUUCUUCUGUCAGUGGGGAGUAACAAUGGGGAGGUUCAUUUUU